AUGGUUGUUCUAUCUGAACUUUCUGAAGGGUCUUCAUCUUCUUCAUCAACUCAUGGUCAUAGAUAUGAUGUAUUUUUAAGUUUCAGAGGUGUUGACACGCGUCAUGGUUUCACUAAUCACCUUUAUAAUGCGCUUCUUCAUGCCAAUAUCGGUACCUUCUUAGAUGAUGAAGAGAUUGAAACCGGGGAAGAUCUGAAACCAGAAUUGGAGAGUGCGAUUAAGUCAUCUAGGGCUUCUGUUAUUGUGUUGUCCAAAAAUUAUGCCACUUCCACUUGGUGUCUUGAUGAACUGGUGUUGAUCCUUGAGCAACGUGUGAAAUCCAAUCAUGUUGUAAUACCCAUCUUUUAUCAUGUGGAGCCCACCCAUGUCAGGAAGCAAACAAGUAGCUUUGGAGAUGCAAUGGAGAAACAUAGGCAGAGGAUGGAGGCAGAGACAGAUGCAAAUAAAAGAAGUAAAUUGGCUCAAAAGAUAGAAAAAUGGAAUAAAGCACUUAUAGAAGUCCCUGAUUUAAAAGGGAAGGAUGUUAAGGAUAGGCUAGAGGUGGAGUUUAUUGAUGAAAUUGUCAAAAACAUCUUCCGUAGAUUACACAUAUCCUCAAGGUUUCCACUACCACAACUUAUUGGGAUGGAAGAUUCCAUUAACUUUGUCACUUCAUGGUUGAAAGAUGCAUCAUCACCUACUACAGAUAUACUCACUAUUCUGGGUAUGGGUGGGAUCGGGAAGACAUCUUUAGCCAAAUAUGUCUAUGCGUUACAUUCUCAUGAAUUUGACACAAGCAGCUUCGUUGAAGAUAUCAAUAGGAAAUGUGAUGAGAAAUCAAAUGGGAUGCUUGAUGUACAAAAACAACUCUAUAAUGACAUUUCAAAACCAAGUUCAGUUCAAGUUCUUGAUGGUUCUAUAUACACCUCAAUUAUUGAGAAUGUAGGAGCCCGUAAAAAGGUGUUUCUAGUUCUUGAUGAUAUUGGUAGUAUCGAUCAGCUAGAUAAGUUACUUGGAAGCAAAGGUUUUCACCCAGGAAGCAAAAUUUUAAUAACAACAAAGGACGCAUGGUUGACACAGAGUAGUUCACCAUUCAAAACGAACAUUAAACCCAAGUAUGCAGAGCACAAGGUUAAAGGCUUAUCUACGAUCGAAUCACAAAAACUUUUGUGUUAUCAUGCAUUCAUGUGCAACGAUCCCAAGGCAGGUUAUGAAGAGGUAUCAGGAAAGCUAGUGAAGUAUUGUGAAGGACAUCCAAUGGCGCUUAAAAUUCUAGGUAGGUCUCUACAUAAUCGAGAUGUAACUUAUUGGGAGGGGUACAUAGACCGACUAAAGAAAGAAAAUCAUUCCCCUAUAAAUACAGUCUUGAGAAUGAGUUUUGACUCUUUGCCGUCAGAAAAUGACAAGGAGUUGUUUAAGCAUAUUGCUUGUAUCUUUUUUGGAAUGGAUAGAUAUGUUACUGUAACAAUAUUAGAGGCAUGUGAUGUAGAGACAAGAUCAGGGAUCACGAAUCUUAUUGACAGAGGCCUUCUUAGUAUCGGAUGGAAUAAAGAAUUGACGAUGCAUCAAUUGGUUCAGGAGAUGGGAAGAUUUGUGGUACGUGAAGAAUCACUUUACAAUCCAUGGGAACGCAGUCGAAUAUGGGGUCAUGACUCAUUCAGAGCGCUGAAACAAAAAAAGAAAAUGGAAAAUGCUCUAGGCCUCACCCUUGACAUGGGAAUGCUUGAGAAAGAGAAGUUACAUGGAUCACUUGAGUUGAAAACAGACGCAUUGAGUAAGAUGGAUAGGCUAAUGCUUCUACAACUCAAUUAUGUUCAAAUAACAGGCUCUUACAAGAAUUUUCCAGAAGAAUUAAGAUGGUUGUGUAUGCAUGGGUUUCCUUUGAAGUCUAUACCUUUAGACUUACCGGUGGAGAAUCUGGUUGCUCUUGACAUGUCAUAUAGCAAUAUUGAAUCAUUUGGGAUUUUUUAUAGCUAUCCGGAACGACUUCAUAAGAGGCUAAAGCAAUUGAUUGGAUCGUGCUCAAAAGACAAAACGUUGCUUGGAUCAUUGAAGAUUCUUAAUUUAAGUUUUUGUGAACAACUUCGUAGUCUUGGUGGCUUUGACCACCUCCCUAAACUUGAGAGGUUGAUACUUAAAGGUUGCAUUGGUUUGCUUGAGAUUUGUGAAUCAAUUGAGCAAUGUCAUGAACUUGUCCACAUUGAUCUAAGCUACUGCAAGAAGCUUGAAAAACUUCCAAGAAGCUUAGGCAUGUUAAAGAAAGUUAGAACACUAUUGCUAAAUGGUUGUUAUUUCGGUGAAUCUCAAAUCAAGAUUAGAGACAUGGAUUCAUUGGAAAUGCUCAAGGCGAACCACAUUGGCAUAAGUUCCAUAACCUCUUCCUCCACCUUUUUCAAGGCUAUACCACGUGAUCCUAAGCUAUUUUCGAUUUUUUUACCGAGAUCUUUAGUAUCCUUAUCACUUGCAAAUAAUAAUUUAUCCACCGAAUCCUUUACCAUUGACUUCAGUUCCCUAUACUUUUUAAAGCUUUUGGUUUUGGAUGGUAAUCCUAUAGUUUCCUUACCCAAUAGUGUGAGAAGCCUUCCUAGGCUUGAGACACUUAGUAUGGUAAAUUGUACAACGCUGGCAUCACUUGAGUAUCCUCCACAUACACUAAAAUAUUUGAACCUCGAUCAUAAUUCUGUUUAUAAGACUUUGCUACGAAAAGUUGUAUUCGAUCCACGAAUGUCUCCACUCGAGUUCUUCAUGAACUGGAAGACACCUGCGUCGUUUGAAUUUGAAGGUGUUGUUAAAAUUCAACCAAUGGCAGGUGUUGAGGAAAAGGUAUUACAUUGUUUAGGCUGGACUAACCUAGACUUCAUUAAAGGAAGGCACGUGACAACUUCUGUUAGUUAUAGAGAACUAGAGGAAUCCGAAAUCCAGAUGUAUUAUGAAUUUGGAAUAUUCAGCACAAUUUAUGAAGGCGAAGAGAUGCCGAAUUGGAUUUCAGAUAGAAGCAUGGGGCCAUCAAUAUCAUUUACCAUCCCAUCAUCUCUAAACAAGCUCAGAGGAUUGAAUUUCUGUUUUGUGCUGACACCCCAUCAUCAACAUCGUAUCCAUGAGGUUCCAGUGAUGAAAAUUAGUAAUAUAACAAAGAACCUCACCUGGAUAUACCAACAUUACAUUGAGAUAGUCAAUAUGGGUAGAAAGUGUUUGAUGUUGUUAAGCCAUUGGAUGUUUGGUAUGAAUGAAAUGGAUGCUGGUGACCACGUUACUAUUACUGUGAGGUUGGCACCAAGUGAUGCAGUUACAAAGGAGUGUGGGGUGAGUUUUAUGUAUGAUGAUGGAGAAGAAAAAGAAGAAGAAGAAGAUGUGUUGGGUUAUUACAAGUCAUGGAAUCACAUCAUUGGUGGAGAUCUUACCGCAUUUCAGUUAACAACCGGGGAAUACCUCCUAAGCAAACAUCGAUUUCUGUCGCCUAAUAUUGAUAUACCUUUUCCAAGCUAUAUGUUUCUGUGUGGAGAAGGAGCAUGCUUGAAAGAUGUGCUAUUCUACUUCAAAGCUUUGUCCCAACGGAAGUCUAGCAUACUGGAGGAUGUCCCCUAAGACAUACGCAAAGGAAAUUCAUUUUGUGAUGGAGCUUUUGUAUUGGGUGUGUAUGGUUAGCAUUGUCAUUGUAGCAAGGACUUUGGAGGUGAUCGUUUUGACUACCAUUUGGAUGCUUUAGAAUUACCGUAAUAAUGAGGUGUUCAAAUCGUCUAAAUUGAAGAGAAGUAGUAUUUUUGAAAAGAUUUUUAUUCAUUCUAUUUGAUUGGUUUUCUAAUAAAAAUGUUAAACAGUAAUUAGACCAUGUGGUUACAAAACCCUUUGACCUGUAAUGCU